AUGUUACAAGCAGGCAUAUCCGUGAUACCUGUGCCCGGUGUAUCAUCAUCAACAUCAUCAACAUCCACUACCUCCCCAGCAACGCGGAGGAUUCCCACAGGAACAACAGCACCCACCGCCCCAACAACAACCACCACCACCUCGCAGACCCAAAGAUUCUAUCGCCUCAACAACCAUGAAAGCACCACGACCGCAACCCCAACGCCAACGCCAACCACCACGCACCACCACCUCAUCGAAACCACGCGCCGCACAGCCCUCUACACCCUAACCCUCUGCCGCAACGUAAUCACGAUCCUGGAACUCACGCGCCUCCGCAAAUCCCGCAUCGGCCUGCUCCACUGGAUCGAGUUCUGGAACCGGUACUACGGGCGGCGGUUCGGGCGCGCGCUGGCCGCGCACGUCACGCAGGCGCUGGGCCGCAUCGACGCGCUCUUCCGCGCCGUGGCCAACGACCUGCACCAGCUGACGCAGCGGGUGCACCACGCCGUCGCGACGGCGCUGCACACCGAGCGCGAGAUUCUGGGAUUACUCGAGCGCAUGGAGGACGAGGUCGGGGUGCGGCGCCGGCGCCGGAGGAAAAAGGCCCAGGCAAUCCUGGCCCAAAUGCGCGCGCGGCUCGAGGCCAUCCCCGUCAAGGUUAGUGAUGAGUUGCUGGAUGAUCUCAAGCGCGGUGUGUUUGCGUUGGAUGUCUACUGUGAUUAUUAUCCGGGGGGCGAGGACGAGGGGACGGCGGGGGCCACGGCGGGUGCUGCUGCUGAUGCUGCGUGGACGGAUACCCGGUAUAUCACGCGGAGGCCGGUGAGUACGUUGGCCGUGUCGGGGACGCAGGCUUGGUCGUCCUCGUCCGCGUCGUCCGGGUCCGCGGCGAAUGGGGCGUGGAUGUCGUUGUCGAUGCCGGUGCAUCUUUCCCGAACGGUAUGA